GGUGUGUAAUUUUCGUAGCACGUAGCAUAUAAAGGGAACGUUAUCACCAGUAGCGAAGACCACUUGUCCGGAUCAACAAGGUUUUCUUGGAAACCCGUGAGAAUUCUUUUGACAACGAUAUCAUACACUAACUGAACAUGGACGGAGAGCACAAAGUAACAUUGGCGAUAUACAGUGGUGUUCCUGAUCCUGUUUGGUCGGUUCACUCUCGUCAUGACAGCUUCAAGAGAAUGAAAGAGCAUCUGCACAACGUCAGAACCACAGGGAAGAUUUACCGCCGUCAGCACAUGCCCGCUAUUCUUGGGUACAAAGGUUUCCUAGUGCAGCCACCAGAGGCCGAGGAAGCAGAAUUAGUUGUAGGCCAGGAGACUAAGGAGCUACAAAAGCUCUUGCUUGAAACCAUGCCGGAAGGGUUGAUAUCCGAGGCCUUGCGUCUGAAGAUUUUGCAGGCAAUCGAAUCAACAAAUGUACCUCAUCCUUCAAAUGUGCCUCUUGAAGCCCAAAAGGCUUCGCUCCAAGAGGUUUCGAAGGCUCCCAGAAAAGAAUAUAAAGCGGAGAAAAUACAGCAUUAUGCACCUAAACUCAACCUGGAUCGGUGGAACAAUCGCCCUUUUAUCGAAGCAAACAACAACUGCUACAACUAUGCAAAUGACAAAAUCACCAACAGCUUUGCACAGCCUGGUAGAGCCAGUGGUCAUCCUUAUGGUGCACUGACUCCAGAAGAGCUGCUCAAGGCUUCCGAAAGCGAUGGUUUGGUGAAAAUGAAUGUUGGACCAGACGAUCCUUGCCCCGAAGCACCUGAACAGCCUAACUGCUUAGUGGCACUCUUUGUUGCCCAAGGCAUAGAUUAUCAUUGGUAUCGCUUGGAUGACAACAAGCUGUGGUCCCAUAAGCCUGGGAGAACUGCUGCUACAAAAUAUGAUGGAGAUGGAAAGUCGAUUUCUGAUCCACGAAAGGCUGCCAUGUCUGGUAUCGAUUACAAGUUUGUUUCUUUUAUGAAGAUCUUUACAAAUAUAAUAGAAUAGGUGGUCCGCUUGACCCACAUGCUAGCACUAAGUAGCUGAUCUUUUGUGUCCUGAACGGAACUAGACUAACAAAGGCCAAAUUUAAAGCUGGAUCUAGAUCUUUUAUCUCAUAACCUAACUUGUCACAUGUUUAACUUUUGUAGACUCAGGACAUGGAUAUUAUUAUAUCACGUUAUAUUUCUUAUAUUACGUUAGCUGUUAUGAGUUUAGUUCACGAACAGUAUCGUCAUAAUCAUGUUGCGAUAUUUUUCUGUUGCUUUCAAAUGAAACAAACAAGAAAUUAAAUGGAUAUCAGAUUAGCAGGCUAUGAUAAUAAAAAUUGUAACUGUGUGGAAAACUUGUCUUUUGUAAAAGGCAGAAAUUUUUAAGCGAACAAAGGGUCAAAUAAACAAUACGUCUCUGUU